GUGCUUCUGGCUCUGGAUCUGUGGUUGCCAGCUUCCUGUUGCCCCUGUGUUCCUGCUCAACAUUUGCAGCUAAAAUUAUUAUUACUAUUACUAUAUCUGUUAUUAUAACCACAAUUGUUCAUUUUAUUGAUAUUUACAUCGUCACCUCCCCCCCCACCCCCAAUCCUGGUUCAGCUUGAUCUUUCUUCUCUAUGACAGCUGAUUUAAAUCCAGAAACUCUGCACGUGACCUCCGGUUAGACGUGCAGCAGAAACCUUUAGGCUCAACACCCCUCUCUGCUGUAGUUAUGUUCUACAGACUACAAUAAACACCAUCUCCCAUCAUGCAUUUCACCUGACCUGACCUGACUUUUGUUCUUCAGUGAAGUUUUUUUUUGUCACAGUGGAAACUUGUUUGUUUAUGACACAGUGAAUGUUCACGGGCUGCUGUUCCCACGGCAAGCGCGCGCGCGUGUGAGAGAGAAGAUCAAAGUGAGUUUAAACAUCAGGAGGUAAACACUGAACACCUGUCGAACAGGUGAACAGACAGUCAGGACUCACGGGACCCAGCAGAGGUCGCUGUCGGCGCAGAGAUGUUCUCUGACAGGAUGAUCCGCUCUGAGUGAAAUCACCGAACUGAAAACGGAGGACACGGGACCGCACACACACCCAGCAACCUGUUCAUGUGCAUGUUAUUAUCAGACACAGACAGACAGGUGUUUAGUCCUCCGCUGAGCAGCCGCAGCUGAACCGGAGUUUCACACCUGACGGACUCACCGGGACCAGCGGAGAGUUUCCCGGAGCGUGUUGAGGACUGAGAUCAGACCGGGUUUCGCUCCGGUUUCCACAGCAGGAUGAAGAUUCUACCCUGAACGUCGCCUCAGUAUGACAUCAUCAGGGCCUGUCUCCUCCUCCCUCCCCCUUCACCAUCAUCAUCGUGAUGUCUGGUUCUGGAUUGGAGGAACGCCUCGUCAGUCCUCACUGUGGCCCCGCCUCCUGCUGUCUCUCUGGUUCUGGUUUGGUGGACAGGUGGCCCGGGUGGGCGCCUCCCACCAGCACUUCCACCCCCACUCCAUAAAGAUACCUGGUGACAUCACUCUGGGGGGGCUGUUCCCCGUCCAUUCCCGGGGCCCCCACGGUCUGCCCUGUGGAGAGCUGAAGAAGGAGAAGGGGAUCCACCGUAUGGAGGCCAUGUUGUACGCUCUGGACCAGAUCAACAGCGACCCCGAGCUGCUGCCCAACAUCACGCUGGGGGCCCGCAUCCUCGACACCUGCUCCAGAGACACCUACGCCCUGGAGCAGUCCCUCACCUUCGUCCAGGCGCUGAUCCAGAAAGACACGUCUGACAUCCGCUGCUCCAACGGGGAGCCGCCAAUCAUCCGCAAGCCAGAGAGGGUGGUGGGAGUGAUCGGAGCGUCGGCCAGCUCGGUGUCCAUCAUGGUGGCCAACAUCCUGAGACUGUUUGAGAUCCCUCAGGUGAGCUAUGCGUCCACGGCUCCGGAGCUCAGCGACAACAACCGCUACGACUUCUUCUCUCGGGUGGUUCCCCCCGACUCGUACCAGGCUCAGGCCAUGUUGGACAUCGUCAAAGCUAUGGGCUGGAACUACGUCUCCACGCUCGCCUCUGAGGGAAACUACGGGGAGAGCGGAGUCGAGGCCUUCAUGCAGAUCUCCAGAGAGGCUGGUGGGGUGUGUAUUGCUCAGUCGGUGAAGAUUCCUCGCGAACCGACGGCCGGAGAGUUUGACAAGAUCAUCAAACGUCUGAUGGAGACGAGUAACGCCAGAGGAGUGAUCAUCUUCGCCAAUGAGGACGACAUCAAACGUGUGCUUGAGGCGGCGAGGCGCGCUAACCUGACGGGUCACUUCCUGUUUGUGGGGUCGGACAGCUGGGGAGCAAAGAGUUCACCAAUCACAGAGCUGGAGGACGUAGCAGAGGGCGCCGUCACCAUCCUGCCCAAACGGGCUUCAAUAUACGGCUUCGAUCAGUACUUCAUGUCUCGUUCUUUGGAGAACAACCGUCGGAACAUCUGGUUCAAUGAGUUCUGGGAGGACGACUUCAGGUGUAAACUGACCCGGCCUGGAAUCAAACUGGACCCUGACAAGAAGAAAUGUACAGGUGAGGAGAGGAUCGGUCGAGACUCGAUCUACGAGCAGGAGGGGAAGGUUCAGUUUGUGAUCGAUGCAGUUUACGCCGUCGCUUACGCUCUACACAGCAUGCACCAGGAUCUGUGUCCUGGCAGCGCCGGAGUCUGCAGCAACAUGGACCCUGUGGAGGGACGCUUGCUGCUCAACUACAUCAGAGCCGUCAACUUCAAUGGAAGUGCAGGUACGAGUGUUAUGUUCAAUGAAAACGGAGACGCUCCCGGCCGCUACGAUAUCUUCCAGUUCCAGAUGACCAAUCACAGCAAUCCUGGUUACCAUGUCAUCGGCCAGUGGACCAAUAACCUGAGACUCAACUUGGAGGAGAUGCAGUGGUCUGGCGGAGAUAAAUCCGUCCCAGACUCCAUCUGUAGUUUUCCCUGUAAACCAGGAGAGAGGAAGAAGAUGGUCAAAGGAGUUCCCUGCUGCUGGCACUGUGAGCUCUGUGAUGGGUAUCAGUACCAGUGGGAUGAGUUUACCUGCGAGACCUGUCCCUCAGACAUGCGCCCUGCUCCCAACCGAACCGCCUGUCGUCCGACUCCGAUCAUCAAACUGGAGUGGAACUCCCCUUUCGCCCUAGUGCCUGCCUCCCUCGCCAUGCUUGGUAUCUUAGCAACUAGCUCUGUGGUGGUCACCUUCAUCCGCUUCAACGACACGCCCAUCGUCAGGGCGUCAGGGAGGGAGCUCAGCUACGUACUGCUUACAGGUAUAUUCUUGAUCUAUCUGAUCACCUUCCUAAUGAUCGCGGAGCCAGGUGUGGUGGUUUGUGCGUUCCGGCGCCUCCUGCUGGGUCUCGGCAUGGCCAUCACAUACUCUGCCAUGCUGACUAAAACCAACAGGAUCUACCGCAUCUUUGAACAAGGCAAGAGGUCGGUGACCCCGCCCAAAUUCAUCAGCCCCACCUCCCAGCUCAUCAUCACCUUCAUACUCAUCUCCGUUCAGGUCCUCGGUGUGUUUGUGUGGUUUGCCAUCAUCCCUCCUCACACCAUCAUCGACUACGAGGAGCUCCGCCCCCCGAACCCAGACCUGGCCCGAGGCAUCCUGAAGUGUGAUAUGUCUGACCUGUCAAUCAUCUGCUGCCUCAGCUACAGUAUCAUACUCAUGGUGACAUGUACGGUGUACGCAGUAAAGAGUCGUGGCGUUCCAGAGACGUUUAACGAAGCAAAACCAAUCGGUUUCACCAUGUACACCACCUGCAUCAUCUGGCUCGCCUUCGUGCCAAUCUUCUUUGGUACCGCCCAGUCCACUGAGAAGAUGUUCAUCCAGACGGCCACGCUGACGGUCUCCAUGUCUCUCAGUGCGUUCGUCUCUCUCGGAAUGCUCUACAUGCCCAAAGUUUACGUCAUCAUCUUCCACCCCGAGCAGAACGUCCAGAAGAGGAAGAGAAGCUUCAAGGCUGUUGUCCAGGCUGCCAGAGUAUCUCAAAAAUCGUCAAAUGAGAAACAGAACGGAGAGACAAAGAUUGAACCUGACAGAUCGCAGUAACACCGCAGUAAUUCUGCAGUAAUACUACAAAGUGCAGGUAGCAGCUGACCAAUCCCUGUCCAGGGCUCUGAUGACAUCAUGAAGAUCCCAUGCCCCCCCCCCACACACACACACACCCACACCCACACACACACGACCAACAACAACCAUGUGUAGAGAGUCAUGUCAAAAUAAAACAAUACACUGGGCUUUUAUUAUGAAAAUCAGGAGCUUUUUGUGUCUCAGACAGGAAGUCCUGUCUCUGUGUGUCCAGGUGAAGCUCAGACAUUCAGAAGCUCACUGUUGUUUACAUGCAGCCAAACUAAACUGAGCCAGCAAAAAACUUUGUUGUCAUUAUUGAAUGGUGACAGAAAAAGAACCAGAGACAGUCAGUAAGAAUUCUGUUUUGGUUUUGGGGUCACGUUCAGGUGAGUUUAGUAGAGCAGGGGAAUCAAACUAAUUGCAAAAGAUAAAACUUUAAAACCAAUAUCUUUUUCUCUCAGUCUGUUACAAAGGGUUCAGCAUGUUUGAUUGUUUUGUUCAUAACAUUUCAUUAUGAAACAGAAUGUUUUUUAUUCGUGGUGCGACCUGAACAUCCUGUUCUGUUAAAACACCUGAAGGAUCGUUUCGGUAUUUUUAACCUUGGGCCCUUUUUCACACGUGUUGGUGUAGAAAUGACUAGUAAGCACAAAAAGUUUCUACAUUCUCCUUCACGAGAGGCGAGUUGUUGCAGGAAGACGACGUUGGAAACCUCCCUCGUUUCAAACUGGCGUCUUCCUGCAACAAUUUCAGAACGAGAAUUCAGCCGGUUCAGCUGCCGGUCAUUCCAACAGCAACAUGUGUGGACACAGGUUUAAACGGGCAGGAAUGAUCCUUUAUUACAUGCAACACUGAACACCUUUUCACACUUGGACUGUUUGCUAGUUAAACCAGAGUUUAAUGUUCAUAUCAGUCUCUGUAAACCGAGGACUUCCUGUAAUUCUGAAGAAGCCAAACAUAAAACCCAGAAGAAGUUUGACCUGGCAGCACGUCCAACUUCAACUGGUUAAACUGGUUCCAGUUUGUUGGACCGGAAGGCUUCCGUGCUGUGGACAGUCAGAUUCACCUGAAGGACUGAGGACUGAGACAGAAAGACACCUGAGAGACGAGGACUCACCCGGUGGGACAGGUGGACCAUCGGGAGAUCAACACCACAGCAGGAAACAGCCGACUGUUAGAGGUUCAGUGCGUUUGUUUCUGAACAGGCUCUUAUUUUUGUAGUUGUGUCAUGUGACUCAGCAGCUUCGCUCACCUCGGCCCAGCGCUGGCUCAGUCUCGCCUCCCGGGCUCAGACCAGCGUAACUGGGUCGUCGCUGUGGAGAAAAGCUGCAACGUGAUUGGCCAGACAGGUUGAAAGUGAUUCAUCUGUGUUAUAUUCCUCCGUACGCAGUAAAACUUGAGCGAACGAUGAUGUUUUUUGUUGUUUUGGGUUAUAGGAAACAGGAAGUGAGGGAGAGAGAGACGGGGGGGCGGCGUGUUGGAUUUGAACCAAGAACUAUGAUGUUGAAAAAGUGCGUACGGUACCUUUCAAAGUGUUUUUACCGGUGGUUGCUGUAGCUGUCAGGGCAGUUGGUAAGGCAUCGGUAGGUGGUUACUGCUUUGGUGUUACAAGCUGAUAAAUAUGUUCUUUAAGAUAGCUGCUUCCAGAGGUGCUGACUCGAGUCACAUGACUUGGACUCGAGUCACAAAUAUGAUGACUUGAGCCUCGACUUGACAAAAUCUAGAAAGAUUUGCACCCUGACUUUGUCUUUGACACCUACGACUCGUGACUUCACUUGGACUUGAGUCUUUUUGACUCAAACUGAUUUAAUACCCUCCCCAAGCCCAUCAACACUUCAGUUAAUUCAUGAAAUUAUACAACAUUUGUUGUGUGAAACUGCUGCUCGUCCUUUUUACUGUACAGGUUAACGUUUUACUCAAUAAAGCUUUUUUCAUGUUUAACCCUUGUAUAUGAAAUGGUGUUAAAGUUGGCGAAGAGCAUAUAUAACUUGUUUAGGACUCAAAGCUUAGGACUUGACUCGGAUUUGCCUGUCUCACCUCAGGACUUGACUUGGGACUUGAGCGCUAAGACUCGAGACUUAAUGACUUGGUUUCACCUCUGGUUGCUACACUGCUGCCAGGUGGUUGCUCUGUUGUUCACGGUGGUUGCAGUAGAUGCUAACGUUUUACUGCUAACCAAAGAAGGUUGAAGUCCAGGGCAACUGGACUUGGUUGAAGAUACUGGAAGACGUUUCGUCCCUCAUC